UUGUGACCUGCAAGCUGACGGCAGCAGUAUCGUUGUGAAGAGUGCCACCUUCGGUUGGUCAAGAAGCGAUCCUCCUGUUUUGAACAACAUUAAUUUCGCCAUCCCGGAAAGCCGCUUGGUGGCCGUCGUCGGCCAGGUUGGCUGUGGCAAGUCCUCUCUGCUGUCCGCGCUGCUGGGAGAAAUGGAGAAGAGGGACGGGUCGGUGUCGGUCAAGGGCUCUGUGGCCUACGUCCCUCAGCAAGCUUGGAUCCAGAACGCCACGCUGAAGGAAAACAUCGUCUUCGGAAGGGACGUGAAGGAGAGCCACUACAAGCGGGUGGUGGAGGCCUGCGCCCUCGUGCCCGACUUGGAGGUCCUCCCUUCAGGAGACAAGACAGAAAUUGGAGAAAAGGGUGUGAAUCUCUCUGGGGGCCAGAAGCAGCGUGUCAGCUUGGCCCGAGCGGUCUACUGCAACGCCGACGUCUACCUGCUGGACGAUCCCUUGUCGGCUGUUGAUGCUCAUGUCGGAAAACACAUCUUUGAGCAAGUCAUCGGGCCCAAGGGAAUCCUGAAAAACAAGACUCGGGUUUUGGUAACCCACGGAGUGAGUUACCUGCCUCUGAUGGACCUGAUUAUAGUGAUGACAGAGGGAAAGAUCUCAGAGAUGGGAUCGUACCAGGAGCUUCUCGAGCAAGACAUGGCCUUUGCAGAGUUCCUGCGCACCUAUGCCAGUGGCGAGCAGAACGUGGCGGACGGGAAUAUAAACAGUCCAGCAGUGAAAGAAGGGAAACUUCUGGAAAACGGGGCUCUUGUCAACGAAGACUCCCGGUCACAAGUGAUGAGGUGUCUGAGCAAUUCCUCCACAUACAGCGGAGAAACCGGGAAGGCCGUGGGGCAGGCAAACAGCACAGCCGAGCUUCAGAAGGUGGCUCCGGAAAAGAGCGCUUGGAAGCUGACAGAAGCGGACACCGCCCAGACGGGGAAGGUGCAGGUGGCCAUCUACUGGGAGUACAUGAAAGCCAUCGGGCUCUUCAUCUCCUUCCUGAGCAUCUUCCUCUUCGUGUGCAACCACGUAGCCUCCCUGGCCUCCAACUACUGGCUGAGCCUCUGGACGGACGACCCCGUGGUCAACGGCACCCAGCAGUACACGGACGUCCGGCUGGGAGUCUACGGUGCCCUGGGGAUGUCUCAAGGUAUCGCCGUCUUCGGUUACUCCAUGGCGGUCUCGGUGGGGGGGAUCUUCGCCUCCCGCCGCCUCCACGUCGACUUGCUCCACAACGUCCUGCGGUGCCCCAUGAGCUUCUUUGAGCGGACGCCCAGCGGCAACCUGGUGAACCGCUUCUCCAAGGAGAUGGACACCAUCGACUCCACCAUCCCCCAGGUCAUCAAGAUGUUCAUGGGAUCCCUCUUCAAUGUCAUCGGGGCCUGCAUCAUCAUCCUCCUCGCCACCCCCAUCGCUGCCGUGGUCAUCCCUCCCCUGGGCUUCGUCUAUUUCUUCGUGCAGCGUUUCUACGUCGCCACUUCCCGCCAGCUGAAGCGCCUGGAGUCAGUCAGCCGCUCCCCGGUCUACUCGCACUUCAAUGAGACCCUCCUGGGCGUCAGCGUCAUCCGGGCUUUUCAGGAGCAGCAGCGCUUCAUCCAGCAGAGCGACCUGAAGGUGGACGAGAACCAGAAGGCCUACUUCCCCAGCAUCGUGGCCAACAGGUGGCUGGCCGUGCGCCUGGAGUACGUGGGGAACUGCAUCGUCCUCUUUGCUGCUCUCUUUGCAGUGGUGGCUCGACACAGCCUCAGUCCGGGGCUGGUGGGACUCUCCAUCCUCUACGCGCUGCAGAUCACCACCUAUUUAAAUUGGCUGGUUCGCAUGUCUUCUGAGAUGGAAACAAACAUCGUCGCCGUGGAAAGAGUCAAAGAAUACUCGGAAAAGGAAAAAGAGGCAGAGUGGACUGUGAAGCAUCCCUCUCCACCCAACGGCUGGCCCCAGGAAGGCAAAGUGGAGUUCCGGGGCUACGGACUGCGUUACAGAGAUGACAUGGAGCUGGUGCUGAGGAAAAUCGACAUCACCAUCAGCGGGGGAGAAAAGGUGGGCGUCGUUGGCAGGACGGGGGCGGGGAAGUCCUCCCUCGCUCUGGGCCUCUUCCGAAUCACUGAAGCCGCCGAAGGAGAGAUUCUCAUCGAUGGGAUCAACAUUGCUAAAAUCGGGCUCCACGACCUCCGCUUCAGAGUCACGAUUAUCCCCCAGGACCCCGUCCUCUUUUCCGGCUCCCUUCGCAUGAAUCUGGACCCUUUUGACCAGUAUUCUGAUGAAGACGUCUGGAUGUCCUUGGAACUGGCACACUUGAAGAACUUUGUUUCCACGCUCCCUGACAAACUCAAUCACGAGUGCUCAGAAGGUGGAGAAAACCUCAGCGUUGGGCAGCGUCAGCUGGUCUGCCUGGCCCGGGCCUUGCUGCGAAAGUCCAAAAUCCUGGUUUUAGAUGAAGCCACCGCCGCAGUAGACCUGGAGACAGACGACCUCAUCCAGUCGACCAUCCGGACGCAGUUUGAAGGCUGCACGGUCUUGACCAUAGCACACCGGCUGAACACCAUCAUGGACUACACACGGGUCAUAGUCCUUGACAAAGGCGAAAUUGUGGAGUGUGAUUCUCCAGCCUCCCUCAUCCAGAAGAAAGGCAUUUUUUACAGCAUGGCCAAAGAGUCGGGGCUGGCAUAACCCAAGACCGGUGUUCCCCUCCCCAGCAGUUAGACGCCCAAACUCUUGAAAUCCACGUUGGGAAGCCUCAGGCCAGAUAAUUCCUCAGAAGAACUGGUUUUUGGAAUCUGAUGAUGGAAGAGGUAUCAGCGCCAAUUCAAACCCCCCCCCCCCUUUGCUAUUUUGCAAGUAUAUACCAGGGGGCGGGGGCAAUAGUCUCAAGUCCUCCAGAUUUUCCUUGGGGCUCUCCAAAACCUUGUGACCUCUGAAGGACCAAAACAUCCUUCAAGGUUGGAGAGCGUCUUUGUUUUUUUGCUCUGUGUUCAGAGGUGGUUUUUUUCAAAAGGCCGAUUAGCUCGCCCCCCCCCCCCCCCAGAAAAGCCAGCCCCUGAAAGGAAGAGGGGCUGUAAGAGAGACAGACAUAUUUGAGUUCGGUUGGGCUUUUGGCCUUUUCCCCUUAAAUUGAUCAGACUAAAAAAUAAUACAACCAAAGCCAUUUUGAUGAAUCUGGAAAAACGCUCCGGGUAUAGAAUUUUGUUAAAAGUCAUUCUUGUCGUUUGGUUGAAAGAAGGCAAAGUUAAACUGAUUGGCAGUGUUGGAAGGUGAAGACUUGGAACAUUUAUUCCCGCACCAGUAAGGUUCCCCGCCCCUCCCGUUAUUUAAACAAAUGGGUGAAAUAACUGACACGUCCAACUAUUUUUACUUAACUCCAGUGAGGGCUGACAUGGCUACUGCAGCUUACUAAUGUGUGUGCCUGAGUGGCCAAAACCCCUUUCUUUGGGGCUUUCCCCCUUUUCACAAUCUUUGAAUUCCCCCCCGAAGAAUCUGCCUCCAAAGUUUGGCCUGCCUCACAUUUUUCAGAUUCUCCUUUCAGAAAGAGACAGAAGCCCCUCCGUGGAUCCAAAGCCUCAUCCAACAGCGUAGAACUGUCAAUCUUGAAUUCAAUUGCUGAUUUCUUUUUACUACUAUUAUUAAAGAAAUAAGCGUCGUCUUUUCUUAGAUGGGAAAAAGACAUUAUUUAUUUGGGGUUUUGUACAUAACAGUUCUUUAAAAGUUGAAUAAACAAAUUUACUUUGGUA